AGGACACAUGCAAUGAUUUUGGGUGAGCCUCUCGUAUAAAUUUCUAGGAUGACAGAUUCCUUGGAACCCCCUCAAACCAUAUACGAGGGCAUCACUCCACUACUUGCAAGAUACAGCGAUAAGAGGAAUUUAUGUGACAUCACGGACUUACCCCGUUCCCUGUUACCCCCAGGGAAAGAGGUAAGAUUGCUUCGCUUAGGGGCCGAGGCCAAUUCUUUGGAACCCCCCGGGCAUCCUGAAGUUCAAACUAACGAUCUCGGAAUCAAGAUCGCGGAGAAAACCGUACCAUGGCAGGAUAUCCACGACGACAUCACCCCGGAAGAGCACGUGGCAAUCCGCGAGGAAGAGACGCAGAUUAUGACCACGGUAUUCUCCUGGCGCGCCCGGAGGAGAAGGGACGGAGGUCCCGAUGAUGAGGUGGAGCUGUUGAUAGUGCAGGCGUGGCGCACGGAAACAGAGGGAGAACUUUUGGGCAUCGUGUUUGGCAAGUUGGAGGAAGGAAAUCUUGCCCUCAUCACGAGCGAGUUGUUGGUGUUCCUGGCGCAGCUGGUGGAGGAUCUGCCUCUCCACAUCCUAUCACGGUCCGAUAGCAAGCCCGGCCCCGACGUACUCGCCCGCACAGUCGCGCCUCAUCUGUUGUGGUCUACGUGUAUGGAGCUGGACGUGGAUAACUCCCUUUACCUAUCCCACGAUCUUUCCCUGGAAAUCAACGUUGCCGAUCUCGUACUGUGCGAUCCAGUCAUCCGGCGCGCGAACGCGCUGAUCGUCAACGACGAAGCAGAAGAAGGCGAGGAAGAGGAGGAAGAGGAGGAGGAAUCGCGAACGGAUCUGGACGACUCCGACUACCUCGGAGAAGAGGAGACCGAGGGGGAAGUGGAGAGAGAGGAAGAUAAGGAAGAAGAGAGAGAAGAAGAAGAGGAAGAGGAGCCGACGGAGGAAGAAAACGAGCCAGGUGAACCAAGCAGUCGACCCAGGAGAAGCAAAGAAGAAGAGUUGGCCGAAGCCCAGAGGCAACGAGAAAAGGCGGAAGGUAAGCAGCCGAUCGAGGAAGGACCCCCGCUGGAGCUGUUGUUAGGAGACCUGUCGCUCAACUGGGAGCCGCCGCAUGAAGAGCCCGAAGACGAUGGAGCUACCGCCAAGGGAUCAGGAAGCCACCGCUGCAGGAGGAGUGAAUCGCCAGCUCCGUCCCUUUCCCCACCCCGCCCUGCCCUUCGCCUUCGUAGAGAUGCGAGCGAUAGGCCUUCAUCCCCGGUCGUUAUCCCGCCGUCCCCAUGAUUACGUAAUGACCCCCCAACUCCCGGAUCGACCGCCUUUUCCCGAUGGAUGGUGUCCUUUACCAUCCACCCUC